GUGAUUUUGUGUUCGGAAAAUGUCGACGGCACAGGGAAGUGGGGGUGCGUAUGGUGCUGGUAAAGCUGGUACCCCCUUUGAUCCAUUAGAAUUUAUCAAGAAACCACAAGUCAUAUUGCGAGCUGUCAGUUUGAUAUGGUCCAUUAUAGUAUUUGGUUGUAUCAUAGCAGAAGGUUGGCAUGGAGAUAAAUGUCAGAUGCAUGGUGACAAUAAUGCGUGUGGAUAUGGGACAGGAAUUGGCAUCUUAGCAUUCAUUUUCUGUUUAGUAUUCCUUGUAAUAGAUGCCAUGUUUGAAAAUAUUAGCAGUGUACAAUAUAGGAAAUAUGUAGUCAUAGCAGACUUAGGAAUAUCAGCCCUAUGGACCUUCCUAUGGUUUGUUGGAUUCUGUUAUAUGACUGAUGCAUGGAGAAGAUCUGAAGAUCAUGCUUCUUAUAUAGCACCUAAUGGUUAUGGCAAGGAUCAUAUUCAAGCUGCAAUAGCAUUUUCUUUCUUCUCAAUUAUAACUUGGGGAGGACUUACCUUCUUUGCUGUAAGACGUUACCGUGAGGGUGUGACAGAAACCUUCCAAGAAGGAUACAAUCCAGAGCAGAAUGCUUCAUCACCAUACUCAUCAUUCCCCGGUAGUGACACCGGGGAUCCUUACCAGGCACCUUUUGGAGGCCAGAAAGAAGCCCCUGAAUAUCAACCUCCGACAUACUGAUCAGCUGUAUACUUUAGAGAUAUAUAUGUGUUAGAUACAUUAGGUCAGUGGGAGCACCAAAUAUUACUGUGUAUGUAUGCAAGGAACCAAUGAUUUGGUGCUGUCAUGUCAGUAGCUAACUUAUUUAUUGUAUGUAUGAGUAUAAAGGUUGUGCAUUCUUAAUUUAUUUAUCAAAAUUAUCAAAACUAACAAAGAAUGGAUUUUAUGUACCAGGUUUAAUUAGCCGAAAAGUUGUGUAGGAAUGUGCUGAAUGGCAAGUGAAAUUUUGUGUUUUAUUCAUAUCAGAUUUGUACACAAUUGCACAUACACAAAGAGUAAUUUUUUUCUGAACUUGUUUUUCUUUUGUAUUAAACUAAAAUAUGUUUUGUCAGGAAGAAAAUGGAAAUAAAUAAAUAGUUGAACCAACAUAUAAAAUCUUAUUUAUACAAAAAUAACUGAACUUUCGCGAAAUACAUUAAUUUAUAAUGAAUUCUUAAUUUGCCUGGUAUCCUUCAGAUUAUUGUCCCCCUGUUGUGGAACCAGGGACAUGUAAUACUAAGCAUCUGCCAGUUUUAUAAGUGAAAUCACAUUUACAUUUUUUGUCAGUUUUUUAAUGAAAUGUGUAUCAAUGGUUUAUAUUAGCAAUGUUUUAGAAAAAAUUCAAAAUCAACACCUAUUAACUAUUUUUAAAGGAGUUAUGCCAAUCAUUGCCCAUGAAAAUGGAAAAGCUAUGGAAAUUUGCAGCGUUAGCAAUCUCAAGACUACAUUUCUUGAUGGAUUUUGAUGAAAUUUUAUCAAAGUGCUAUCCUUUUUUUUUUUAAAUUACACUGUAAGCAUUCUCAUGCCAUUAUUUCUUGUCAGAUUUAUAUGAGAAAGUUCAAAAGAACAAAACAAAAUAAGUGGAGUAAUUGCUGAUAAAAUAUGUGCUUCAGCUGGUGACAUGGCAAGGCCGUUUUUUUUUAGUUUUUUGUUAUAUUUGGGUGUAAAAUAUAUUGAGUAUUGUAUACAUAGAGAACAUUUUUUGCAUUACAUUUAGAAACAUCACUGUUAUUGAAGUUUACAACAAACACCACUGUAGAAAAUAUACUUUAGGUAUAUAAAACUGGAGAAAAUAGUAACAUAAUAGUUCAUAUAGUAACAUGUAAACAUUGAUAUUGAUGAAAUAAAUGUCCUAGAUAGUGCAAUAAAUGUUAUAGGAGAAAUCAAUGGUGUUGUAAGAAGCAUUUUAUCACUUUAUUUUACUCAGUAAAUAACUACAUUGAUAUUUUAUCAAAUAACAGAUACAUAUACAUCAGAUCUUAAGGAAAAUAGGAAUUCUUCCCUUAAAACAACAGAGAAAGAUAUUAUAUAUAAAGUUUUAUUAGAAUAACAGAUAAUACUAUAUGAUUUCAGUCUGACAAAGAUAAAUGAUGUGCUGAAUAUUUGAUCAGAAAUAUAUUAUGAUUUGAAAGACUGUGCAAGUCAGAUUUAAAGCAUUCUAUAGAAUUAUUGUGAUGAAUGUUGUUCCAAGGUAGAAUGAUGUAUUGGUUUACUCAUGCAAUCCACUUUUGAUAAUGUUUGUCACAAUAUAUAUAAUUACUCUGUUAUUGUAUGACAAAUAUUUUAAAAUGACAAAAAACACCAUGUCUACUUGCUAAUGAUGCCAUCCAUUAUUUCAAAGUUAUAAUUGUCUACUUGCUAAUGAUGCCAUCCAUUAUUUUAAAGUUAUAAUUGUCUACUUGCUAAUGAUGCCAUCCAUUAUUUUAAAGUUAUAAUACACUGGGUGUAGUGCUUCGAAUUAUUGCACAUGAAUUUUGGUUAUGUUCUAUUGUGAAUAUUACUUUACUCUACAAAAAUGAUAUACAUGUAAUCUAUACUUACCAAGUCUAUCUACAGUUAUUUUCCAUUUAUAUAUAAUUUUGUAUAACCAUUAAUGUGAUAAUCAAAUUUUUUUUUUGAUUGUUAUAGAUUUUAAUUAAAAGGGAGUAUUUUCUUUGUUACUUGGUUAUGAAUGAGUGAUUCAUAUUUUUUUGUAUAUAAAUCAUCAUUCCAUAGUUUGUUUUGUUACUAUACAUUCCAGCUGGUUGGUUUUCAUUUACAUGUGAAUGCUAUAUAUACAAAUGCUUUUGUAUGCUAUUUAGAUCUAUUGACUUGCUAAGGGUAUUGGAAAUCCUCUGUUCCAGUUUAGCCUGAGGUCUCACAGAUUUGGUAUUAAAUUUAAAAUAAACAUUCAAUGUAAAAUAUAAAAAGAAAUUUAAUUAGGCCAUUCAUUCUUUUAUAGUUUCAGACUUUGGUGAAGAUUUAAAUGGUUAUUUAAUAAGAAAUGUAAUGCCAAAAUUUAUGAUGACAAAUCUUUUUCAAUUGUCAAAUUUCUUAUUAUCCAGCCAUUAUUUUUUUAUUCCGAAAAAAUGUUUACUGUUCCAAUAAAAUUUAGUAUUCAUCUGUUGAUCAAGGUCUGCAUUUCUGUUAAAUAAAUCCAAUGUAAUAAUUGAUUGUAUGCUAAGAGACAUAACAAAACUUUAAAGAAACAGAGGAUGUUUCAAAUGCCAUAGAUUGGAGUCAAUAUAUUUUCAUGGACCUGCUUUCUUUUAGUAGUUUUAGCAAAGGGACAUAACUGAGUUUUAGAGGACAUGUGAUAUGUCAAUUAAUCUUGUAUCAGUGUCAGGUUUAAAGAUUAACAUUUUUUAUUGAUGUUUUGAUUGCAUAAUAUUAUAAUAUAAGUAUUGCAUAAAGAAAUUUAUUUGCCAAAAUUUUAUACUGUUCAAUGUACUAACUUGAGUCAAUGAUUUGUUUUUGGAUCUAACACUAUACGUAAGAAUGACUUGUUUAAUAGUAAAAGGUACACCCACUUACUUGUGUUAUGAAUUACAGCUCUACAAACAAUUUUUGUGUUUUUCAAAGAAAUCCAUGCAUUUUACCAAAAAUUUGAUUGAUUGUUAAAAAUUAAAUGAUUGUUAACUUUGAAUAACAUUCAGGUGUGUAAUGAUUAAGGGUAAAUGUAUAUUUAUGUAUGUUAUAUUUUAUUUUAUUCUUAUGUUUUGCUUCAAUCUAAACUUAGAAUGAAAAACCUUAUGAAGAUUUUCUUUGAGAUUUGUUAUUUUUGCUGAUACAUUUUGUGGUAAAUGGCUGGUUUUUUUUUUUAUUUAAUUCUAAAGACUAUUAGACUAUUAGAGAUAUUGUAAUUCCAAUCUUAUUUACUUUUGUUUAUUCUGUUAAAUAGAAGUUUAUCAUGUUUUUAUGUCUACUCAGUUUGGUAAUAAAAGUUGCUUAAUAUUUCUUUCA